AAUGUGUUGCCCGCAAUUCACUGCAGCCCACGCCUCCUUCUCCCCAUUGGUUUUUGUUACCAUUUUAACUAUUAAUAAACGCCUACAAGGAGGGAAUCUAAUUGAAGAACAAGAGAGGAAAGGAGGAACCAGUAAAUGAAAAUCGGUUCAGGAAGAAAAUAAUCAAAAGUAAUAACGAGGUUUACUGUCUUUGCCUUUCGGUUCUUGCUCUUCCCCAAAGGUUAGUAGUGUGUUUGAUAUAUAGCCUUGGAAGCAGAAAAAUGGCGACAUUUGCAGGGACUCAACAGAAAUGCAUGGCAUGCGACAAAACUGUCUACUUGGUUGAUAAGCUGACAGCAGAUAACCGGGUUUUCCACAAGGCUUGCUUCAGAUGCCACCAUUGCAAGGGUACUCUCAAGCUUAGCAACUACAACUCUUUCGAAGGAGUGCUAUACUGCAGGCCUCACUAUGAUCAACUCUUCAAGAGAACUGGCAGUCUGGACAAGAGUUUUGAAGGAACACCAAAGAUUGUCAAACCUGAAAAACAUAUAGAAAAUGAGAAUGCACAGAAAGUCGUGAACUUGUUCGGUGGCACCAGAGAAAAAUGUGUAGGAUGCAAUAAGACUGUCUAUCCAAUUGAGAAGGUUACGGUGAAUGGGACACCACACCACAAGAGCUGCUUCAAGUGCACCCAUGGAGGUUGUACCAUUAGUCCAUCAAACUACAUUGCGCAUGAAGGAAAACUCUACUGUAAACAUCACCACAUCCAACUCUUCAAGGAGAAAGGAAACUACAGCCAGCUGGAGAGUGACCGCGAGAAAACCCCAAUGAAUGAGAACCUUACGUCCAUGGAAAUUGCUGCUGAAUCAUAGUUUUACUGCCGGAAUUCAACUCCCUCUUAUUUCCAUUACUCUUAUGCCUCUCCGACCAUCCAUGUCGUUGCUGUGUCCGUUUCUCCUAUGGGUUUUUGUUUUCUUUUUUUUUUUCUUCUUUCCUACUACUAGUUCACAACCUCCCUUGCAAGAUGGAGAUUUUCAUAAUGUGCCAUUGGGUUAUUUUCCUAAGUGGAGUGAGCUUUCGAAAAUAAGAAAUAGUCAUAUGGUUUGUUUCGGCAUUUGCUUGAGAGUAAAGAAAAGAUUUAUGUGGCUCGAAA